CCAAAGCGGAAAUACAGCUCUCGGUGUGCUUGUUGCUGGCCACACGUGGGUAGAGAAAUAAGUUGAAUGUCCUGAGAACAUCAGCUAUGUCGAGACGGUCGAGAUCCGUUUUAGAAGAAGAGGUUGUUUCGGAACCGGGGCCGGAGAUUGAGGAGACGAGACGGACGCGCAGUGGCCGUAGAGUGCGCACUCCAGCUGCGCUGCUGGGCUCUGAAGUCCCGGUGCGGACCCCGAGCCGGAGGACCAGGAGGUCUGUCAUCCAGGAGCGAAAAGAAGACGAGGAGGAACAGAAUGUAGAGACACAGGAGAAACCGGGACCGAUCGAGGAACAACCAGCCGAAAGUGCUACAGCUGAGGUGGCCGGUAAAGGCGAUGAUUCUCCCCCGGCGACAGUUGCAGCUACUCCCCUCGAGUCCGUACCAGCUGCUCCGGUAGAGACCCCUCCUGUCGAACCUCUACCUGAAACACAACCCAAGAAGAAAGCUCGUGUGGAAACAGUGAAGCCAGCCCCUGUUGUUCCACUGGGAAAACCCAAAUCUGGAAGAGUUUGGAAGGACCGCAACAAGAAGAGGUUUUCUUCGCUGCUCAGAGACAAACCACUGUGCUCCUCGUGGGAAAAGAAGAUGCAGGCCAAGCGAGAGAAGGAGCUGGUGAAGCAGUACUCGAUGCAGCUGAAAGCAGAAAAGGACCGACAGAAGGAAGAGCUGAGGAAAAGAAGAGAGUUCCACUUGAAGCGGAGAGCAGAGAAUGAACGCAAGGCUGAGAUUGUGCAAGUGAUCAAGAACACGUCCAAGAUCAAGAGGAUGAAGAAGAAGCAGCUGAGGAAGAUUGAGAAGAGGGACACCCUGGCCAUCCUGCAGAAAUCCAACAGCCAGAAUCCCACAGCCAACAAACAAAGCAAGAGUAAGAAGAAGAAGGCGCCGACAGAGCGCGUCCCUGAGUCCGCGUGAAGACAGGUUAUCUCACCAAGCUCUUCACUACAUGAAGAUAUAUUAUCCCACAGAGUGGGACGCUGAUGUGUUUGAGCUGUUGUGCCUGGUUAUGAGUGAUUUUCAAUAAACGCUAUGAAAAAGGUCGAUUGUUUACUGCAGAGGAAG